UUCAUCUGAUCUAUCGAGUUGCGAGACGAGUGAGAGAGUAGAUAGUAGAUUUUACUUACCUACUAGUUAGCUAGUAUUAGUUGUAUGGAAUGGGUUCGUUUAAAAUAUGUUAGUGAUUUCAUUUAAGAAAAUUAAAAAAGGUUAGCUAAAUGUGAUACUAUGAUUUAUUUGUAAAUUGCUGUUAACUAAAAGUGGGGACCCACUUAUUUGUGCAUUUACAGUUAUUCGCGUAACACGUAUUUUGUGCAUAGAGUUCGAGCAUUGAAUUAGGCCACAUAGCGAUCUCUCCCUAAAAUACCGCUGUUCUGGCUGUCGAGUGUCGACGUAUCGAGACGGGCCAGCAAUUAAGUAAGGCGGGAUAGUGAUGAACAAAAAAGGCCGCGAGUUGAUGUGAUGUCAUCAAAAGGGGAAACAGAGGCCGACUCUGGCACCGUGUCGCCAAAUCUUUCUACUGUUAAGAAUGAACCAACAGUGGCAGCACCUAGUAAAGAAACUCCAAAGCGGGGCAGUGGUACAUUGCUUAAAUGUACCACUUGCAAUAGUUUUAGUACCUUAAGCACACGGGCUUUAAAUACACAUAUGGCGCAGUGUUCACCAGAUAACAAUAAUGUGGCCGCAGCACAGAACACCGACACGCGGCCACACAGAAAACUCUUUGAGUGUGAUGUGUGCAAUAUGAAAUUCUCAAACGGCGCUAACAUGCGCCGUCAUAAAAUGCGACACACAGGCGUAAAACCCUACGAAUGCAGGGUAUGCCAGAAGAGGUUCUUCCGUAAGGAUCAUUUAGCUGAACACUUUACAACUCACACCAAAAGCUUGCCAUACCAUUGCCCCAUUUGCAAUAGAGGAUUCCAACGCCAAAUCGCGAUGCGUGCCCACUUCCAAAACGAACACGUGGGACAACAUGACCUCGUUAAAACUUGCCCGCUUUGUAGUUACCGUGCGCCGACGAUGAAGAGUCUCAGAGUUCAUUUCUUUAACAGGCACGGCAUCGAUCUCGACAAUCCAGGUCCCGGCAAUAACUCUGUUUCCCUUCUCGCUGCUGGCAUCGCAAAUGCUGCAUAUGCCGAUGGUACAAUGGACCCUAGCACGUUAAAUGCACUAGGAGCUCUUGGCUCUGGAUUAUCCGUUUCGGUUGCGGCAGCUUACUCCGACAGUGGAGACAGUAACGGCGAAAGAUCUGUUGACAAUGCAACUCCUCCCAUGCACUACUUGACGCCUCAUGUUGAAAUAUCUAUGGCAGAUAAUAAUGACACCUUCUCUCCAGGGCAAACGAACCACAUGAGUAAUUCAGAAUCCCGUAUGAACGGCGAAGGCCCCAGCUCGCCGCAGUCCGGCGACAGUGCGGUAGCGAGCAGCUCGCUAUCAGCCGGCCUGCCCACUAACAUCACCCCGUCCAUCACGCUCAUACCUAUCAAGCAAGAACCGAAUGCUCAAGACGAGUCGAACUCCGGCGAGCAAGGCGACGCGAACAGCGGCGACAAACGUGAUGUGUCGUCGAGCCUCCCGUCCCUUAUCAAAGUGUCGCCGCUCAAGAGCCUCUUGCGGGAAGACAUACGGCGCCGAAUCUCUGCCCGCGGACGGACCCGCGGUUCCAAUGCUUCUCGAGCUUCACCAUGCGAGGGCGGCGUGAUAACUUCGACCCACGGCGACGCCGCCCUCCUGCCCUCCUCGCUCGUGUGCACGUUCUGCUCCAUCACGUUUCCGGACUCCACGCUGUACUUCCUGCACAAGGGCUGCCACUGCGACUCCAACCCAUGGAAGUGCAACAUCUGCGGGGAACAGUGCUGCAACGUGUACGAGUUCAACUCCCACCUUCUCAGCAAGAGUCAUCAAUGACUGUUUGCAGGGGGGACGUCCGAUCACUGACUUUGAACGAUGCACUAUGUAACUACGCGAGCGCUUCGAAGGUACUUCUUCAAUUUUCAUUUCCUCUCGCCCUGUCACUACGAACGUUUCCUAUGUUGAAGUGCUUCGAAUAUGCUAACGCUAACGUCCCCCCGAAGCUGAUAAAAGUGCAAAUUCGAGAAGUUUAUAAUACGGUUAUUGUAGUAGGUAAAUGAGUGAAGAUAUUUUUAUGGAUAUUUUAGUACUUAAUUGUUUGCGGUCUUAAUUAGUGUCGAUUAUAAAGAAAAUGGGACCUGUUACGGUAGAAUUCUUGGAAAGUUUCAACAUUCCAAAUUGUAACGAAUGCAUUCCAUUAAAUGAGAUUGAUUAUAUGAAGCCUCUGGUGGGGAAAGAAGUAAUACUUAUUUGUUAUCUUAAAAAGAUUUUAUUUAUUAAUUUAAUUAAUUUCAAGUAUGUACUUAAAUGUACAGAGAGUUUUACAAAACAAUAUUUAUAGUAUAUGUGGUGCGAUAGUAAAUUUUACAAAUGUUUUAAAGAGAUGCAGAUAGUGUACAAAUUAAUAUAUUUUUACAUUUCACUAUUGACAAGAUUUUUAUUAAAAGGCAAAGCCUCUAAGCUCUUUAUUUGUGAUCAAGAGAUAGACCGGAAUUAUAAAUUCUACAUUCCGUAUUUAUUUAUAAUAUUAUAUUUUCUAUUAAAGCAUGUAAUGCAAGUCCACGACUAAUACUUAAUGUACAAUUUUAUUAUUAUUUUGUUGUUAUUAUUUAUUUUCUAAAAUAAAAACAGAAUAUGUAGAUAGAAGUUGUAAUGUACUUAAGUGGUCAAGCAAUCGUGAUUAAGAUGGGUGUUUGUAUAGCUCAUAUGCAAACAAUGUUUUGCUCAAUACUUUGAAGGCUCAAGGAGAUUGAACCAUAUUAGACUAUUCGGUAGAUUCUAUUCGCACAAAAUUAUUAAAUUUAACAGAAACAUACAAUCAAUGUUCAAUUUAUUUUAAACAAAUCGCGUGCUUUAACCUGGUGCCCAUUUCAUUAAGCGACAGCCAGUGCUUGUGCAAAUUCCAAAGUUAACUUACAAUAUAAUUAAUUAUAUAAAAAAGGAGUUUGGUAGUCUACUUAAAUUUUUAUUUUUAAUAAUUGAUGAACAUGAUUUAAAAGAUGUUCUUACCCCUAUUCAACUAUUCGCUAAAUGUGCUCAAAAUUGUGCGCUAAAUUAUUAAAGAAACAAAAUAUGUAUUAGAAUUAUUAUAAUUGCAUUAUGUUUAAGUUUAAAUUAUGUACUAAAAAUGUGUAAGUUUGGAUAUUUUGUUGCAGUUCUUUUAUUCUUAAAAUCUGACUUCAUUUAAGUUUAGUUAUAUACUAAUACUUUUUCUGUAUCUUCUUCUGUAUCUAAUCUUAAUUAUGAGUUGCGUUAACUGCGAAAAAUAUCGUAAUCGUAAAGGUGCAUAUAUAUUCGGGACUUACAGGUAAGUACAUUCUAAUUUUAAUUGGUCCAUUCACAUAAUUCGAUAAUUGAGAGAUAAACAUUCCUGUAGACUGUAAGUACUUAAUAUCGGUUGUGGUCUUGCCUGUUAAGUUAACAAAAUCGUUUUAGGUGAAACUGAAAUUGUUUACCAACGAAGAUAUGUAUAUAUGACUAUUGUUUUGUUAUGUCAUUGCUAUUAGUUAGGAAAUCGGAGUGCGCGGUAGUCCGUCCAGACGUGGACUUAGAGAGUUACCUGGGAACGACAUAUUUAUUAUUUAUAAACAUUCUUAUAUUUCUGUUUCAUUGUUGAUUAUAUUAUAAACGUGAAUUAUAGUACUAAUAUUUGGACCCUACCGUUGCGCCACGGUGUAGAUUUAAGGGUAGGUUAUUUAAAUGCAAUUAAUAUUAUUAAUUGGUAACCCCAUUGGGCGCCUUCACUUAAUCCGUCCAUAUCUAACGAUAGAUAUUGCCUUUACUAUUUAAUAGAGAUAAUAUAUUUAUAGGUGUUAGUUACACUAAGAGCAGAUUUUAAGUGAAAUAUUUACAGAAUAACAAAGGUUUACGGAUAGUUAUAUUUCAUGUAAUAAUGAAUUGAAAGAAAUUAUUUUAGAAUCAAACAAAGUUUUGUGUUUAUAUUACUUUUUGAUUCUUAGAUGAUUCUUCAAGACCGUGUUGGUUGUUGAUAGAGCAGAUUUGAUGUAAUUGCUUUACUUUCGUGUGGUAGAAUGAUUUCUAAGAAUGGAUCAUAGAAUAUGGUCCAAACGAAUAUAACUAUUGUCAAUUUAUUGUGAACUUGAUACAAAGCAGUAUUUUAAAACCCCCAUUCACGUUAUUUUGUUAAGCAAAUGUGGUUUAACGUUAAGUAGAAUAGCAUCGUGUUUAAUGAUCGUAAUUAAUUAAUUUAUUGCGGUUGUCUUUUUUUCCAUUCCCGACAACAAAAUAAAUAUUUACUGUUUAAGUGUCUCAAACAGUCUUAGGCCUUUGACAGUGAGAUAUUUAAAAUCCUUAUUACUUAUAGGAAUAUUUAGACUAGCAGUCCUCACCUUAAUACCAAAAUACAGCUUACCAACAUUUUAAUAUUUUGCUUUAAGUUGUUAUGUGUGUAACAAUGUAGUUUAGAUUUUAAAAACAAUCAUAAUUGUAGACAGAUUGAGGUCAUCGUUGAUAUUUUGCUGUUAAAUUUAUUGCGUUAUUAAAUAUUAUAAAUAUAAUAACAUAUAAUACUAAUUUAGAAGAGAUGAACUAUUUAUGAGCAUCCAAUUUUGGAAAUAGGAGUGAUAGUAAAAUGAUAUCAAGUUAUAGCAGAUUGUGCCUUAGAUCAGUAAUAAAAUAUAUAAUAAUAUAGUAAAUUGUGUUUUCGAAAUUUAUAUAAAGAAAUUAAUAUUUAGAUGUGUGUGUUAAACUGUUUUCUCACAUAAAGUAUAUUUACACGAAAUCUAAGUAAAUGUUAUUUAUUUAUAUAAUCUAGCAAAAUACGGCUGUUUUGCUUGUUUUUAUGGUAAAGUUUAUUUGCAGUUGAUAUGUAUGUCAUCUUGUUACGAUUGUUUAGAAUUUUAAA